AUGAGACUUCUGCUUCUAGUGGCGGUGUUGGUGGUGGCCUGGGGUGAGGCCGCAGCCAACCUGAACGGCAUGCCCAACAAAAGGUUAAAGAUGCAGUAUGCCAUGGGGCCACUGCUCAAGUACUCAAGUUCCAGAUCUGUUUCCUGCGGUUAUAGGCAGGUGUUUGAGGAGUACAUGCGGAUUAUUAGUCAGCGGUACCCAGACAUUCGAAUCGAAAGAGAGAAUUACCUCCCUCAACCAAUUUAUAGACACAUAGCAUCUUUCCUGUCAGUCUUCAAACUAGUAUUAAUAAGCUUAAUAAUUGUUGGCAAGGAUCCUUUGGCUUUCUUUGGCUUGCAAGCUCCUAGCAUCUGGCAGUGGGGCCAAGAGAAUAAGGUCUAUACAUGCAUGAUGGUUUUCUUCUUGAGCAACAUGAUCAAGAACCAGUGUAUGUCAACAGGGGCAUUUGAGAUAACUUCAAAUGAUGUACCUGUAUGGCCUAAGCUAGAAUCUGGUCAUCUUCCAUCCAUGCAACAGUUUGUUCAAAUUCUUGACAAUGAAAUGAAGCCCAAUGUGCAUAUGGAUUCAAUUCCACAUCAUAGGUGGCAUAGCCCCACCUAUAAGCACUGA